UCUUCGAAAGGUUCUUCUCACACACAUUCUCUCUCCUAUAUAUUCGUGUAUUAUAUAUAUAUAUACACAGAGCCAUUAGCCACUUGGUCCACUGAUACCCUCUCUUUUUCUAUAGGGAUCAUCGAGCUAUGGCGGAGGAGAGGUCUACCGGUACGGUCCGUUGGUUCAACGACUCGAAGGGAUUCGGCUUCAUCAAGCCCGAUGACGGCGGCGAAGAUCUGUUCGUUCAUCAAUCCUCGAUCAAAUCCGACGGUUUCCGAAGCCUCUCAGAGGGCGAGACUGUCGAGUUUCAGGUCGUCCUGGCCGAAGACGGGAAAACCAAGGCCGUUGAUGUGACCGGCCCUGAUGGAUCGUCCUUGCAGGGGAACAAAAAGGAGAGUUUUGGCGGUGGCCGUAGGGGAGGCCGUGGCGGCGGCGGCGGUGCUGGUUUUGGCGGUGGAUGGAGAGGCGGAGAUCGGCGUAAUGGUGGCGGAGGCGGUGGCGGUGGCUGUUAUAAUUGCGGUGAUACCGGUCACAUGGCUAGGGAUUGCGAUCGUGGCAAUAACGGAGCUGGCGGUGGAAGUGGCGGUGGAGGUGGAGGUGGCGCUUGUUAUCAAUGUGGCGAAUUUGGUCACAUGGCUAGGAGCUGUCCUAAAGGGAAUGAUGGUGGUGCCGCAGGUGGUGGUGGAGGAGGAGGAGGAAGUGGCGGGGCUUGUUACAAUUGUGGCGAGUUCGGCCAUAUCGCGAGGGAUUGUAGUAGGGCAAGCGGUGGAGGAGGAGGAGGCGGCGGCGGUGGCGGCGGUUCUGGUGGUUGCUACAACUGUGGGGAGUUUGGUCAUUUGGCAAGGGAUUGCAGCAGCGCUAGCGGUGGUGGCCGCGGAGGUGGCGGCGGCGGCGGAAGGUUUGGUAGUGGUGACGCUGGCGGCGGCGGCAGCGGUGGCUGUUACAAUUGUGGAAAGGCUGGACAUUUUGCAAGGGAGUGCCCUGAGGCUGCUUAAAGUAAGAAAGAAGAGAGUAAUAGUACAUAUUCUCUUUCUGUUUCCAAUUUAUCUUUGGUUAUUUUGUUCAUUUUGGGCUGUGGUGGUUUAUACAUAGGAGGAUGUUUUUGCUUAAUUAAUGGGUUUUGAUUUUUGACUUGCUUCAAGAAUGAUAUGCUUUGCUUUUGUGGAGCAAAAUUUUCCAGUUUUAUACACACAUAUUAUGUGUUGGUUCGUUUAGUUGAUAUUGUUCAGAUUUACUGAUA